UCGUGCGCAGCGGCAGCGUUUUUCCUUUCCUUCCUCCCCCUAGAAAACCCAAGAAAAUCGAGAAAGUGCUGUAUCUGUGUGAGUGCGGGCUGUGAAAGAUACGGAUACAGAUACAUCUCUGGCCACAUGUGUGUUCGUUGGCAGGAAAACCAUGCAUUCACAGUGAAUUUUUGAAUAACAACGUAUUUUGGAGCGAAAAAUCAACCGAUUUAAGUGAGAAAAGAAUCCAUAAAACAAGGAGCGACAGCAUGGAAAACUUACAGCAGGAAAAUGGCCUGGAAAGGAGGACCAGUCAGAGUUCCACUUCAUCAGCGAAUCCUGCAAAUCCUGCGAGUCCUGCGGAGGAAUGCGGCUGUGUGCGACUGGGCAAAUGCAAAUGGUUCAACGUGGCCAAAGGAUGGGGCUUCCUUACCCCCAACGACGGCGGCCAGGAGGUGUUCGUCCAUCAGAGCGUCAUCCAGAUGUCUGGUUUCCGUUCGCUGGGCGAGCAGGAGGAGGUGGAGUUCGAGUGCCAGCGCACGUCGCGCGGACUGGAGGCCACCAGGGUGUCCGGGAAGCAGGGCGAGAACUGCCACGGCAGCACCUACAGGCCACGCAUAAAUCGCCGGACUCGCCGCAUGCGCUGCUACAACUGCGGCGAAUUCGCCAACCACAUUGCCUCCGAAUGCGCCUUGGGUCCCCAGCCGAAGCGUUGUCAUCGCUGCCGUGGAGAAGACCAUCUCCAUGCCGACUGCCCGCACCGCAAUGUGACCCAAAACCACAGCAACAGCAGCAGCAGCAGUGAAGUCCCAGAGAAUGCAGUCCAAGAGGCCACCUAGAAGAUCGUAAUCCAGGGGUAUGCCUGCUCAAUGGAUUGGUAGUUGGAAGUUCAAAACUUCUUUGACAAGUACAAAAUGGAAAUCUAAGAAAAAAACACACGCGCAUCAAAUCAAAGAAACCCACGUACAACAAAACUAGCUACUACUCUUAGAUAUUAGAGGGGCAAAAAACCACCCCGAAAACCAACCCUAUGCCUAAGUAUAUCCUCUAUU